AUGUCUCCAAUGAAUACUGUCAGUCAUGUUCCAUCCAGCACUGAGGCAGCAGCUUCUUCGUUACUGGCCUCACUUCAAUCCAUACAUGACAGCCCGUUCUCUACGUCCAUACCCUCGGACGUCCCAUCUCGUCCAAAACCGCACCGCAACCUCACCACUCUCAGCCAGAUAGCCCGUCAACAUGCCGCCCAUGCCCUCUCUGCAGACGCACAGCGAAAGACAUCAAUCAUGCAAUGGAUGCUUCAGGGUGCAGAGUACGGAAAGAACAUAGAGGAUAUUACGUGUUACUAUGGAAGGACUGGGAUGUGCACGUCGUAUACUGGUGAGGAUUCUGCAGUGAAUGCUAUGCACGAACAAUAUCGCAGAAGUAGAGCUAAGAGGGCCGUCACAAGGGCUGAGCAAGCGUGUAUAGACGAGAAGAGCGUGAAAUGGAGUGAGCUAAUAGCGAUAUUAGCGGGUCGCGAGAUGAGUUUAAAUGGAGGCGAAGAUGAAAGAGGGGAGGAUGAUGAGAGACUUGUUGAGGUGAUGGUUAGGGGCGAACGGAGCCCGAGAAUAAUCAAGUUUUUUGGUGGUGGGAAGGAGAAGAAGGGUGAUUGGAAGGUUUGA